AUGGUGCAAGCCGGUCGCGUAGCGUGCAUAACGCUCCCAUUCCUCCUCUCCCUCGCCGCCCUCAUCACCCUCGUCCUCGUCUUCCUCGCCGGCACAAUGGAAGGCAACUCCACCACAGGCGACCUCUUCUUCGUCAAAGUCGACCUCCGCAAUCUAACACUCAACGCCGCCAACGAGCUCGCGGGCAGUGGCGCCUCCUCAAACGAACUCUCCACCCUAGGCGCGGCUCUCGACGCCGCCAAAAACUCGCUGGGCAUGAAAGACUACUACACCAUCUACCUCCGCAACUACUGCGACUGGAACGCCGAGGACAAGGCGUAUAGCAACUGCACCGACCCGAAAUCGUACUUUUGGUUCAACCCCAUCAAAGUCUGGGUCCUUCCGCGACGGCUGGACGCCUACCACGCCGGCUCAAAAGCCAUGUUCGUUCUCUACGCCGCAGCACUCGCAGCGAACGCAUUCACACUGCUGAUCGGCUGCACCGCCAUCUUCUCCCGAUGGGGCUCCUUCUUCACCACUUUCUUCGCCGCAGCACAACUGGUCACUUACCUAGCCGCCUCCGUCGUCGCCACAGCAAUGUUCGCCAUCCUAAAGGGCGUCCUCAAUAACGAGCUCAAGGACGAGUACGGCGUUGAAACCACGCUCGGCAACCGCGCCCUCAGCGUCUCCUGGAUUGGCACCGCCGCUGCCCUUGGAGCUGGCAUCUUCUGGUUCUUCAGCGUCUGCUGCUGCUCAGGGCGGAGUCCGUACCACAAGGACGCGGCGCGGGGUGGCUUCCGGGGUCGUGGCAGGGGAAAGACGCGCGCGGAGAAGACGCCGUAUACCUACGAGAGGGUAGGGAGUCCGUAUCUGGGUCCUAAUGCGGGUCAGAGCGUGCCGCUGGGCGCGUAUAGCAAUCCUAGCCAUGCUGGGGCGGGACGGCCAAUGCACCAGGGUGGUGCGUAUGAGCCGUUUAGGAGUCAUGCCUGA